AUGGCCGACUUCUUCGUCAAGCAGGGCACGAACUUCGUGCGCAGCUACGCGAACAGCCCGCAGUGCGUCCCGUCGCGCAGCAGCAUGUGCACCGGGCGGCGCACGGACCAGAUAGAAGCCCGGUCCAAUGAGAAAGGCCUUGCUGCAUCGGAAGACGGGACACUGGAUAAGACUUGCAUCUAUACUUCUAUGGCACCAGUGCGCUGCCUGGGCGAAGAUGCAGAACUAUUCCGAGACCAUUUUCUCGGGCCUACGGAGACUAGGCUACGGGGUGAAGCUCUAUGGGAAGGUGGACAUCGGAGCUGGGUUGAUGAAUGA